CAUGAUGUUUAAAAUUACAUCAUGUUUAUUAAGAAAUUACAAAAAUAUUAAAUGUUUCAAUUAUUCACAUCUAGUUAAACGACAUGUUUCGAAAAAUAAUAUAAAGCUUAGUCCUGCAGGUUUGACUGUUAGUGUGUUAUUUAGCAAAAAAUAUUUAUUAGCUUCAAAUACUGUUUCAUCAGGGUUGUUAAUGUUCAUUGGGGAUUUAUGCCAACAAGAAUUAGAAUACAGACAAAACCUGUUAAACAAGCGUUAUGAUUAUGCACGAUUAACACGGAUGUUUAUAGUAGGUUUAGCCUUGGGUCCCAUACAUCAUUAUUAUUAUAUUGGCAUUGCGAAAAAAUGGCCAGAAAGAACAACAAAAGUUAUUUUAUGGAAAAUUGCAUUGGACCAAUUUAUAAUGUCUCCAAUUUGUAUUGCUUGUUUCUUUUUUGGGCUAAAUGCUCUUGAAAUGAGACCAUUUAAAGAAGCUGUUAAUGAAUUUAAACAAAAAUUUUAUGCAGUCUAUACCGCUGAUUGGCUGAUAUGGCCCCCUACACAAUGGGUAAAUUUUUAUUAUGUGAAUGUCAAAUACCAAGUGCUUUAUAUAAAUGCUAUUACAAUGUUAUAUAAUGUAUUUCUGUCCUAUAUAAAACAUGUACAUGGAGAAGAACAGAAACUUUCUGUAUCAAAUGAUGUGCUUACAACACCUGAAAAUAACAACCCUUCAAUAAGUAGUUAGUUACAGGAAGCCUUUUGUUUCAAAAUUUGAAUGGAACUAACUAGACCUAACUAAAUUAAUUGUAUGAGAGGUAUAGAGAAUUAUAUAUUAUUUAUUUAUUUUAUAAUUAUUUUUAAAAGUAUUAUUAUUUUUUUAGAAGGUACAACUAAAUAAAAAAUAUAUAUAUUGUAUAUUAUUUGUAAAUAUUUAAUAAAACUUGUGAUAUUGUAAUUCUAUAGUUUUACAAUUGUUGAAUAAAAAUGUCUACAA